CUGGAGCUCAUUUAGUCUUGUAUUGAUCGUCGAGAACUACAACCGACUGUGGUCGUGUUUGCGCGGAAUCGCUCCCGUUUCCUGUGAUGUGUUGAAAAGGGAACUGAUUCCCAACACCGUGUAAUAAAGUCUCCAAAAUCUUUGUUUGGUGGAUUUCCGUGAAUCGUGAAAAGAAAUCAUCAAAAAAGUGCCAUGCCCUCUGCGAGCAAGAACAAGAUGAUCGGCCCUUGGAGCCGCAGUGAAAGUAGUGGGAGUAUGUUCCUGUCGAACAAUAACAAUGCGGACAAUCUGGUGAAACUGUACUCGCGAACAGCUCCAACCAGCCCUCAUUGGACUCCAAUGACGUCCCGACACAACUCGCCACCAAUGCCGAGUUCUCCGCUAUCGUCGUCGCCACCAUCGACACUGCGCCGGAACUACUCCAGCACCUUUAUGUUGAUCCCAGAAGAUCGUGCCGUAGAUCAAGUGUCAAUGCCUGAACCAGCACCGUCGAACACGCACAGUAAUGGAAUGCACCACAAGGAAGACCCCGCUGAUAAAUACCGUAUUUCCAAUGGAAGGAUUGUACUCCGCUUGAUCCUUUGGUGGCCCUUGCUGAUGAUCGCUAUCGCUCAACGGAUACUUGGAGUAAUGAUGCAACUAUCCUGGCGCCCGUUCCUGAUGGCAGCCCCAGCUUUCUGGCUCUCGGCCUGUCUUUGGAUGUUCUGGAAGGUGAUCGCUCUACCUCUGGCUUGUCUCAAGUGGGUCCUGGUCGCAAUGCACACCCCGGCCCACGAGCGAAACCGCAAGAAAAGAACAAUCCUGAUCAGUUGUGGAAGCACCAUUCAAUCGUUACACUUGGCACGAAAUUUCUACAAAUCCGGAGCACGGGUCGUCGUGUUCGAGUUUGAAGGCCUCUUUGGACUGGCGAGAUUUUCCACUGCGGUAAGCAAGUUCUACACGAUCCAACGACCAACGCCAGAAACGGCCAGUGAAUACAUUUCGGCGCUAUGCGAAAUUGUUGAAAAGGAACAACCCACACAUUAUAUUCCGGUUUGCGCAACUAGUGCCGCCCACUACGACGCCUUGGCGAAACCGCAUCUGGAGCUCCGAGGUUGCUCCAGUUUCAUACCUGGAGCGCAGGAAACCUCGGUGCUUGACGACAUUCUUCAGGUAAUGAAGAAAUGUGAGUUCAACCAGAUUGCGCUGCCUCCGCAUCAGGUGAUAAGCAACAAGGAAGAAUUGUAUCGCCUGUAUGAAAAUGGAUGGCUUUCCGGCUAUCGUAACGUAUUGGUCUCUACCGGAUUGCUGGGUGUUUUGGAGCGUACCAAGUACAUAUUACCGAUGAACCGUCGUGAACUGAAGCUGAACUAUGAAAUCAGUGAAAUGCAGAAGUGGGUCGUCAUCAGAGAUGUCAUCGGAGACCAUUACGUAACUUGCACAACGGUAAAGGAUUCCCAAGUAGUUGCGAACGUGACUUGUAUCAUUCAGAACGACACACGCAGCUUGGUCCCGGAAGACAACACCGAAAUCGAGGAUUGGUUGAAGGAUUUUUUUCGAAAAGUCCGACUCCAACGUCCACUCAACGGACACAUAAGCUUCCGAUUGGCCAAAUGUCAAUCCAGCGGGGAGAUCCUACCAUUGGGCAUUCGAGUUGGAGUGUCCCUCCCUUACAUUUGCUACACCGGUGUCCAUUCGAAGGUCAUCUGCAAGCCAUGUCCGCAUUUCAAUCGGCAAAAUUCGGGUCCUCUGGUCCAGGAUGGAGGACGGUAUUGGAUCCACGAGACAGUUAUGAAGGCAGUUCGCCGGCCAAGCAUUGAUGCCGUUCAGCAGUUGAUCGGAACCGUGAUCGACAAACGGGAAGCUCUGUUCGUCUAUUGGGAUCCGCUGCCAUAUUGUGCCUACUACCACUUCCAGUUGCCGUUCAACUCGGUCAAGACUUUCCUGCAUAAGCGACAGCGAGGGCGAACGAUGCCACGUGCCGCUGCGCCGGUGCAAUGAUGUGACACGAGCCUGUCGAGUGAUUCCACGUUAUCAGCAAUACGAUGGUUGAAUUGUUUUAAGAGUUUUUGCAAUACUCGAUUACCUAUUAGUGUUUUUGUUUUACUAAGUUAAUUUGUGAACGGAGAGAGAAGGAACAGACUUGCGGUGUGUGAUUGAAUGAGUGGGACUUUAGACUUAGGAUCCGGAUUCUAUAUGUAUAGUUUUGUUUAAUAGUAUAGAUUACUACUUACUGAAGAAAGAGCAGGGUUUUGAAACAGGAUCUGCUGGUACUGUUGCUGGGCAACAGAUUGUGCAUAAAGUACAUAUAAUAUGAACAUAAUCGAUUAAUCUAUGUAACAGAUAAACCAUUAUUGUGCACAUAGUUUUACGAAUUUCAAGUACAAAUUAAAUAAAGAAGCUCUAUAUACAAAAA